AUGGCACGAGCCAACAAAGACACGUGGUCAGCUGACCAGUACUCCAAGUUCCUCGAUGAGCGAACACGCCCUGUCAAUGAUCUAAUUGCUCGCGUACCCAAUGUUUCUCCCAAGCGUGUCGUGGACGUGGGCUGUGGACCGGGCAACUCGACUGCUGUGUUGGUAGAACGAUUUCCCAACUCGCAAGUCUCUGGUUUUGAUUCUUCAGCGGACAUGAUUAAGAAGGCGAAGAAGGUCCUGCCUGAUGUGCCUUUCGAAGUUGCUGAUCUGCAUACUUUCAAGCCUGAUAGCCCUGUUGAUGUGCUCUUCUCCAACGCCGUCUUCCAGUGGCUGCCAAACGGAAAGCGCAUCGAAAUCAUUAGCAAACUCCUCCAUCAUGUGGCACCCGGUGGAAGUUUGGCUUUCCAAGUCCCCGUAAACUUGGAUGAGCCAAGUCACGCUACAAUGCGUGAAACAGCCGAUACACCAAACCAGCCUUGGUCCGAGGCUCUCAAGCGCGCCAACAUCUCGCGGGAUCAGUUUCCGUCAGCAAUUGAGAUCUACGAUGGCCUGAGACAUCUUUGCAAGGAUCUCGAUAUUUGGCAGACUACUUAUAUUCACGUUAUGGAAAACCAUGAGGAGAUUGUUGAGUGGGUCAAGGGAACGGGUCUACGCCCUUACUUGGACCCACUGUCCGAUUCCGAGAGGGAGGCGUUUAUUGAGAGUUAUCUUGCGAAGCUGAAGGAGGGAUACACUGCGCAGAAGGAUGGAAAGGUUCUCCUGGCGUACCCUCGGUUGUUCGUGGUUGCGACUAAGGCGUAG